AUGCUGCAGGAAAUAGUAUCAAUUCAGAGAAACUUCUUGUUGUCUGGCUCGAAGGAGAAAAGAGACAUGGCUUGGGUUAGCAAGAAAUCCAUUUGCAAGCCUAAGGAGGAAGGUGAGAUUAGUAUAAAAGAUAUUGUGUUAUUCAAUAGGCCGCUGAUAUCGAAGUGGCUAUGGAGGUUUAUAAAGGAAAUGGAUGCAAUAUGGGUUGGGAGCUUGGAAGAAAGAUAUGGGAAUUUUGUUAGAAGGUUAAUGUUUAAAGAUGUGCCAAGUACAAAAUCUCAAGAAUCAUUAUGGUGGAAGGACUUGAUGGUGGCUGGUGAUUCUAUGGAGGCUUCUGGUUUUGCUCACUUAAUAUCUUUUAGGUUAGGUGAUGAAACUACUACAUCUUUUUGGUUUUCCAUAUGGAUAUGCAACUCAACACUGCAGAAUCUUUAUAUGAGUUUGUGUGGAAUUUUAGAUAGGAAAGAUGGUGUGGUGAAAUAUAUAGAGGUAUGGGUGGGGGAUGUGUGGAGGUGGCAGCUAAGAUUCAAUAACUUGGAGGGGGUGCUUUACUUAUGGAAGGGUACAAUGAGCUGGUUCAAUUACUGUGUGAUGUAUGUCCCAAAAGGGAAAUUUCUAAUGUCGUGA